AUGACGCUCGCUCGUCCGAUACGACUCUUGCUAUUGGGAGCACCUGGUUCAGGCAAAGGGACCCAAACCUCGCGGCUUUUGAACCAGUUUCCGUCCAUUAGAGCCAUUUCCUCGGGCGAUGUCUUACGUACGCAAAUCGCUGCUGGAACUCCAGUGGGAAAGGAAGCUUCAACCUAUAUUAAGAACGGUCAAUUAGUUCCGGAUUCUACCAUGGUGGGACUUAUUACAUCUCAAUUGAGCCAGAAGGGUUGGUUGAACCAACUGUCUACGUGGCUCUUGGAUGGGUUUCCACGUACUGUAAACCAGGCCAAGUCACUCAGAGGAGUCCUUUCAAAGUCUAAGGCCAAUUUGAACUUGGUUGUAGAACUCGACGUCGACCAGCGAAUUAUACUCGAUCGGAUAGAGGCUCGUUGGGUCCACGUUCCGAGUGGAAGAGUGUAUAAUCUUGACUACAACCCUCCUAAAGUGCCUUUUAAAGACGACGUUACGGGAGAACCAUUGCUGAAACGGGAGGAUGACACAGCAGAAGUGUUUCAAAGACGUUUGGACAAGUACAAUCAAGAAAUCGGUCCUUUGAAGCUGUUCUACGCCGACAUUGGUAUCUUGAGCACAGUCAGUGGAAAUACUUCUGAUAUCAUCUACCCUAAGCUUUCAAAGUUGAUCUUGGACAAAUUUGGCACAACAGCAUAG